AUGUCUCGCACGUCAUCCUUCUACCCCGAGAUUUGCUACACUCUCACUUAUUUGUCAUUCUCUCUCUCUCUUUUUCUCUCUAACACACACACACACGCAUUUCUUUAUUAUGCUCUUCGACGUUUCUAUUUUUUCUAUAUAUCUCCAUUUCUAAAUACUCUCGCUUUAUCUAAUUUUCUUUUGCCUUCUUUCUUUCUUUCUUUCUUUCUUUCUUUCUUUCUUUCUUUCUACUUCUCGCCAUUUUCUGAAUUAUCAAAUCUAACCUUUAAAUUCAAUUUUCAUUCUACGCGCUCUCUCUCUCUCUCUCUCUCUCUCUCUCUCUCUCUCUCUCUCUCCCCACCCCCGGUCAUAUACCUUUAUGUUCAUACACUUGUAGUUUUUUUUUCUUGCUCGACGCCAUCAUCCACAUUCCUCUUCCUCUUUCCCUUGUUAUUUCCUUCUCCUCAUUGUUUGAUAUUUUUCUUUUUCUUCUCUUUCUUUCUUGGCUUACGGCCAUAUCACGUUGAAACACCGGUUCUCACACUCAACUCUGUUAUUCAUUCUUUCCUUAUAGCUACAUUUUGCACCCCCUCUCAUUUUUCUUCUUGUAUUAGUUCAAUGUUAAUGAUUCUUUACUGCUUUUAA